AUGGGCAAAGAUCGCCUGUAUUUCGCAAUUCUCUGCCAAAAACCAAAGAGUGGAGCUGCAGAUGCCCAUUAUUUCUGCAUAGAUGAUGAACUUGUAUAUGAGAAUUUCUAUGCAGACUUUGGGCCACUCAAUCUGGCAAUGGUCUACAGAUACUGCUGCAAGCUAAAUAAGAAAUUAAAGUCAUUUUCACUGAUAAGGAAGAAAAUAAUUCAUUUUACUGGCUUUGAUCAGAAAAAACAAGCAAAUGCUGCAUUCCUCAUAGGCUCCUACGCAAUAAUAUACCUGAGAGAAUCCCCAGAAGAUAUAUACAGGCUUUUAUUGGCUGGAAGUGUAUCAUAUCUUCCUUUCAGGGAUGCUUCCUUCGGUACUUGCAGUUUUCAUCUGACAUUGCUGGACUGUUUUCAUGCAAUAAACAAGGCUUUGCAAUAUGGUUUCCUGGAUUUCAAUACGUUUGAUGUAAAUGAAUAUGAGCAUUAUGAAAGAGCAGAAAAUGGAGAUUUUAACUGGAUAAUACCAAACAAAUUCAUUGCCUUCAGUGGACCUCAUUCAAGAAGUAAAAUUGAAAAUGGCUAUCCCCACCAUGCUCCAGAGGCUUAUUUCCCAUACUUCAGGAAACAUAGGGUCACCACCAUAAUACGCCUCAACAGAAAACUCUAUGACGCCAAACGAUUUGCAGAUGCUGGAUUUGAACAUUUUGACCUCUUCUUUGCUGAUGGAAGCACACCUAGUGAUACUAUAGUUAAAACAUUUCUAAAUAUUUGUGAAAAUGCUGAAGGUGUUAUAGCCGUUCAUUGCAAAGCUGGUCUUGGACGAACUGGCACACUUAUUGCCUGUUAUAUUAUGAAACAUUAUCGGAUGACAGCUGCUGAAGCUAUUGCCUGGAUCAGAAUAAAUAGGCCUGGUUCAGUGAUUGGACCACAACAACACUUCCUGAUGGACAAACAGGCAGAACUUUGGACAGAAGGAGAUAUUUUCCGUGCAAAGUUGAAAGGAAACCGUAAAAUUGCUGUGAGAAGAAUUCUGUCAGGAGUAGAUGACAUUUCAAUUGAUGACACAAGAAAUAGGAAAACCAUCCGAAAGGACAUUGAACUGUACAGUGAUGAAGAUGAAACAAACUGUGUAACGCAAGGUGAUAAGCUUCGUGCUCUGAAAAGUAGAAGGCAGGCAAAAGCUCCAGCUGCAUCUCCACUAACAUGGCUCCUAGCUAUGCUGGUGUCUGCACUGUGUAGCAUUGUCAUCUGGUGGAUUGUAUGUGGCUCCCUUCUGCCCAGCCUGCUAUUCUGUCUCGAUGGUUUAAGAACAUAG